UCAGUUCCUCUGUACUCUGAUUAAAGUUUCAGUGGAAAGUAGACGUCAGCUUUAAACAGGAGACAAGGAGAAGCUGCUUUUCCAAUGUGGACAAGGUCAGAAUAAAGAGUGAAUACCGUAAAGCCUCUGCAAAUGGAGCAGCCAUCAUACGGUGAGGUGAAUCAGCUAGGCGGGGUGUUUGUGAACGGGCGGCCUCUUCCCAACGCCAUCCGAGUGCGCAUCGUGGAGCUCGCGCAGCUCGGUAUUCGCCCGUGCGACAUCAGCCGCCAGCUGCGCGUGUCUCACGGCUGCGUGAGUAAGAUCCUGGCGCGCUACCACGAGACGGGCUCCGUGCUUCCAGGCGCCAUCGGCGGCAGCAAGCCGCGCGUGACAACACCAAACGUGGUGAAAAGCAUACGGGAGUAUAAGCGCGCGGACCCGGGCAUGUUCGCGUGGGAGAUUCGGGACCGGCUGCUGGCUGACGGUGUCUGCGACAAGUAUAACGUGCCGUCGGUGAGCUCCAUCAGUCGCAUUUUGAGGAAUAAGAUUGGGAACCUGUCACAGCCUGGACACCACGAGACCGGCGGCAUUAAGUCUCCCGCGCCGCCAAUUCCGUACAGUCCGGUGUGUGCUUACUCGUACCCCAACGCCAUCUCACCGACCGGAGCUAAACUCAGCGGGCCUCCUGGCGUCGGAGUCGGUCUGUCCCGGGCCUGGCCAUCUGUACACACUGUCAGCAACAUCUUAGGGAUUCGAGCUUUCAUGGACCCCUCAGCCAUCGCUGGACCUGAUGGAUACCAGCAGAAAAUGGAGGAGUGGCCAUGUGUGAACAGAACUUCCUUUUCCUCCCAUGCGGUUAAUGGUAUUGACAGAUCAUCUAUAGACACGGAUAUCAAAUACAAUCAGUCUCCUUCGAGUCUUAGCGGAUAUAUGCCCCCCUGCCCCUAUUCUUCCCCCAGUCAGUGCGGGGUGUACGGGGGAAACUAUGGGCAUCACUGGCAGCCUCAGGGAACAGGCCUGACGCACAACGAGUCACAUCUUCACACUGCCAUGAACUUCAAACAUCCAUCAGAUGACUUUCAGUGGCAGAUAGAAAACCUCCCAGUCCUCUGAUCAAGCAGCAGCAGCAGCAUGAGGCACUGAGCGGCGUUCACAACCUGGCCUUACCCACCUCAGCAUCAUAAAGCUCGCACAGGGCAAAUCAGCUGUCACAUCUGCUGUUUUGAUAAUUUAAAUAGACAGUAAAACUGUGCCGAUCUCCAGUGAAACUCUAAAAUCUUACAUAUGAACACGAGCGCUGGUGAUUGUAAAAGCUAAUACGCGCAAUCCACUUCUCCUGAAAUGACAAACGAGCACCAUGACCAUGCUCACCUCACUCAUUUCUAUUUGUAUACCGGGGGAAACAAGCAUGUACAUUAUUUAAAUGCUAUUACGUCAUCCAAGUUAAAUAGUACCGUAUAUUGCGAACAUGGAAUGCUUUGAGAAAAUGCGCAAUGCGUAGAACAAAAUGAGUAAAUUUAUCGAGUUAUCUACGUCAGUUUAUCUUAAUGUUUAGAAUGGCCUUACUUGGAAACCUUGUGAUACGCAACAAAACGUUAGCUAACUAGGUAUUUCUCUACAGUAUUCAUUUGAGCUAGUUGCUGCUAAUCACUUGUCCCAAAAUGAAAACAAGCCAAGCUUUUAAAAAGGCAUACGAUACUAGAGAACAGACUAUCCUUUUCAGCCGUGUAAAAGAAGCGUGACGUUUCAUGUCUGUCUGGUGUCUGGUGUAUAUUGGACAUAACAAACAGGUUUUGACAACCUAAAGUGUUAUUGUUAGAAUGUGGAAUGUGUUAAACCUUCUGGAGAAGCAGACAAUUUGCAAGGUUGUCAAAUUCACCUCCAACCAACUGGCAUCGCUUUUAAAUAACGUUGGGUUUGCAAGAAACCGCAGUAACACUGCAGCUACAGUUUAAUUGCUUUAAUUGAUUAUUCAUGGUUUUUGCACUUGUCUCUUUGGAUGCUAUCGAACAUUCAAACAUUUGGUUUAUUUUACCAUGGAACCCCUGUUUCUGUCUUUAUCAAGGAAAUUUUCAGGAUAUCAUCAGAAAGUGGAUUAUUAUAGCCCAAUCAUACUGGUGUUAAAUGCGUAAAAUCGGUAAUUAAUUUAAUUUUCAUAGCUUGAACUGUGGACCACAGGUGAUUUCUGCAAUAUUUGCAGCAAAUUUUGUUUCUUUGGACAUUGUAAUGACAUUUAAUUUUAUAAUGACAAUAAUGAAAUAUGAAUGAUAAACAUAAUAAAUACAGUGAGGGGGUAAUUAAUUUGGUAAAUGUAUGAAAGUUUUGUCUUGUAAAUAUGGAUAGUUUUCUUGAUUUGUAUGAAACAAAAUAUUAUUAAUUAUACAAUUGAUCAUAAUUAUACAUACCGCUAAUAGUUGAAGGCUGAAUAGAAUGAUGUGAUAAAAAAGUGAAACUUUUUAUUGUGAUGGCCACAACGAAAUCCUAGUCAUAUUAUUUAUAGUCAAAAUUCAUUUGUGUCUAAUAAACGCAUGUUCAAAAGAAA